CUCUCGCACGCUAUUCACAAAUCAAUUAAAAAUCCCCAAGUCUGAGAAACCCUAGUCACCUCUCGAUCUCCAAACCAAUCCACCAAUGGCUCGCACCAAGCAAACAGCCCGCAAGUCCACCGGAGGAAAAGCUCCCCGCAAGCAGCUGGCCACCAAGGCGGCUCGCAAGUCUGCUCCGGCCACCGGCGGAGUGAAGAAGCCCCACCGCUUCAGGCCCGGAACCGUCGCUCUCCGUGAGAUUCGUAAGUACCAGAAGAGCACUGAGCUCCUCAUCCGAAAGCUCCCAUUCCAGCGCCUGGUCCGUGAGAUCGCCCAGGACUUCAAGACCGACCUGAGGUUCCAGAGCUCCGCCGUUGCGGCCCUCCAGGAGGCGGCGGAGGCCUACCUCGUCGGGCUUUUUGAGGACACCAACCUUUGCGCCAUCCACGCCAAGAGGGUCACCAUCAUGCCCAAGGAUAUCCAGCUCGCUAGGCGCAUCAGGGGUGAGAGGGCUUAGAUUCCAUUGGGGUUUUAGUACAGAUAAAAAGGAGUAUGGUUUUCGUAGGUAAGGUGUUUGCUGAAAUGUUCAUGUUAUUUUGUGGGGUUGUCGCUUUUUGGUUCAGGGUAGGAAAUGUAGGUAAGAAUCGAGUCUGAACGAUUGUAAUGUUAACAUCUAUGUUAAUGAAUUCCAGUUCUUUUGAUUUGUGCAA